AUGGUGAAGAUCAGCCCCAUGAGCUCCAUUUGGAAGCAGCUUAAAGCUAACCUUCCCAAGCACAUUGGCUUGUCUAUUUUCCUCAGCUGGAGUCUCAAUAUGUUGGUAAAUUGUAUUUUUCCCUUUUAUAGCAUCAACAAACACAGCAGCAAAAAUAUCACAAAAAUGAAUUUUGGACACUGCACUUCAGGAUUUCAAGACAAAAUCACAGAAGCAUUGUAUGCAGCAUUCAUAUUAUUCCCUGAAGUUUCAUGUUCUGGGAUCAUGAUCUGGUCCAGCGGCUCCAUGAUUUUCAUUUUGCACAGGCACAAGCAGCAGGUCCAACACAUCCGAAAGACAAAUGCUUCCCACAAAUCAUCCCCUGAGUCCAGGGCCACCCAAAGUGUCCUUGUCCUCGUGUGCAGCUUUGUGUGUUUUUACACCCUCUCCUCCUGCUUUUAUGCUUCUGUUGUGAAUUUCGAUAUUCCUCGUUGGUGGCUCCUGAACACCUCUGACCUGAUUUCUACCUGCUUCCCUGCUGUCAGCCCUUUCGUUCUAAUGAGCUGCAACUCCACUGCAUCCAGACUCUGGUUCAAAUUCUCAUGCUUUGUCAGAAGCAGGUAA